AUGUAUAAUUCAUUUUGCGAUGAAAUUAGUAAGAGACCUUCCAUUUGGGUGGAAAGAACUACAAUCACUAAGAGUGCAACUGCAGCAGCUGGCAGUGGAGAUUUGCAUGCAUAUCGAAGAUUUAAAAGGGCCGAGACAUUGAGAUAAAGAGAAGAAGAAGAAGUCAAUUAAGAAGUAUAUAAAAUAAUUAAUUAUAAUAGAGACUAGAACAUGAAGAAUUUCAACAAACAAGAGAAGAGAAAUUUAUGCAAAGUCAAGAAAUCACAAACAAGAAACACAACAAAAGAGUUUAGGAAAAGCUAAAGUUAAAGAUGAAAAAAGAAUUAAAAAAGAUUGAAAGAGAAGCAUUAUAAUUAAAUAAAUUUGCUAAUGACGGAUCCUUUCUUGAAAAAUUUAUAUCAUAACAAUAGCAAGAUAAAUAAGAAUAAAAGUAGGAGAAUUAAGAAUUAAAAGAGGAAGCAAUUGCAAAAAAGGAAGAAGAAAACAAAGUGCAAUAAUCAUAAAAUUCUAGUGAUGAAUGA